AUGAAAUGGCCAAUUCUCCAAGCCUUCCCUUCCUUCUCUCCACGCUACCUACGUCCCUUUCUUCGCUUAUGUGCCCGACAAUCUGCCCUCACCAUUGGGAAAAAACUGCAUGCCUUGGUCCUCACUACUGGCGUUUACAGAAUCCGAAACUCCUUCCUCCUCAACGCCCUCCUCCACUUGUAUGCAUCAUGUGGAGAUACGCCCGCCGCCCAUAAACUGUUCGAUGAAAUUCCCCCCUCAAGCAAGGAUACUGCAGACUGGACUGCCUUGAUGUCCUCCUUUUCCCGCGAUAACAUGCCUCUUGAUGCUCUGCAUUUGUUUGCUCAAAUGCGUGGAAACAGCAUGGAAAUUGAUGACGUGGUGAUGGUAUGCCUGUUUAGUGCGUGUGCAUGGUUGCGGGAUGUUGGGGUGGGGAGUCAGGUGCACGGGUGUGUGGUGAAGACAGGUUUCCAAGGGAGGGUAAAAGUGUGUAAUGCAGUGAUGGAUAUGUAUGGGAAGUGUGGGAUGGUGGGUGAAAUGAGAAAGGUUUUUGGUGAUAUGAAGGAGAAGAGUGUAGUGUCAUGGACUGUGCUUUUGGAUGGGGUGUUGAAGUGGGAGGGUGUAAGGAGUGGCAGGGUGGUGUUUGAUGAGAUGCCAGAACGGAAUGAAGUUGCAUGGACCAUAAUGAUUGUGGGUUAUAUGGGGAGUGGAUUGUGCAGGGAGGGCUUUUCACUUUUAUCUGAAAUGAUGUUUCAUUGGGGCUUUAAAUUGAAUCAUGUAACACUUUGUUCUUUAUUGUCAGCUUGUGCACAGUCUGGAGAUGUGCUGAUGGGUGGGUGGGUUCAUGUUUAUGGUUUGAAGAUGAUGGGGAUGGAGAUGGAUAUCAUGGUGGGAACUGCCUUGGUGGAUAUGUAUUCCAAAUGUGGGAGGGUAGAUACUGCGGUUAAGGUUUUUGAGUGCAUGCCACGAAGGAAUUUGGUGGCAUGGAAUGCUAUGCUUAGUGGGUUAGCUAUGCAUGGACGGGGCAGAGUUGUGGUGGAAAUGUUCCCAAGGAUGAUUGAAGAAGUCAAGCCAGAUGACUUAACCUUUAUUGCUGUUCUGAGUGCUUGCAGUCACUCCGGUCUGGUAGAUCAGGGUUCCUGUUACUUUGAUAGUCUUGAAUCAGUGUAUGGUAUAACGCCCAAGAUUGAUCACUAUGCUUGUAUGGUGGAUCUCCUUGGAAGGGCUGGUCGUUUGGAGGAAGCUGAAACUUUGAUAAAGCAAAUGCCAAUUGCUCCAAAUGAGGUUGUUUUGGGAUCUCUUUUGGGUUCCUGCAGUGCACAUGGGAAGCUACAGUUAGGUGAACAUGCUCUGCAGCGGCUGAUUGAGAUGGAUCCCCACAACACAGAGUACCAUAUUCUGCUUUCUAAUAUGUAUGCUUUGGCAGGUAAGCGAGACCAAGCUAAUGCCCUUCGGACGGUUCUUAAAACUAAAGGAAUUAGGAAGGUUCCUGGAAUGAGCUCCAUUCAUGUAGAUGGCCAAGUUCACCAGUUUAGUGCAGGGGAUAAGUCACACUCAAAAACCCAGGACAUCUAUCUCAUGUUAGAUAAUAUGAUCCAAAGGUUGCGAUCGGCUGGCUACGUUCCCAAUACUGCUUCGCAAGUUUUCUCUGGCUCUGAUGGUGCUGAGGAUAACGCAAGGGAUUCGGAGGAGAAGGAGCAGGCAUUGUUUUUGCACAGCGAGAAGCUGGCAGUCUGUUUUGGACUGCUGAGCACAAAACCUGGUACGCCUUUGUAUAUUUUUAAGAACUUACGUAUAUGCCAAGACUGUCAUGCUGCGCUUAAGAUUGUUUCGAAGAUAUACAACCGGAAAGUUGUAGUCAGAGAUCGCAACAGGUUUCAUUACUUUAAGCAAGGAUCGUGUUCUUGUUGUGAUUUCUGGUGACCCUCACUGCAUCAAAUACUUUUUAUUUGCCUGCCCAUCACUUUUCAACUCCUCGUUGCAAGAGAGUUGUGUUGAUGCCCAAAUCUUGUCCAGAGUUAUCGCACUGACAUGAAAGGGGAGAGACUUUAAAACAAUUGCAGAUGCUUUUUGUUUUCCUAUAUUCAGGCAUUCUCCAUCCUUAUAACUAUUGAAGGACAAGAUCUCCUCUAUCCACGCAUUUAAUGUGCCUCAAAAUGGGAAAUGAAUUUUAUAUGUUGAUGUCUA